CGAAUUAUCGGACGGUUUUCUCCGGCUCGGACGAUUCUUUUCUCCGGGGAACAUGACGCAUGCUGCAAGAUCGAGCACACAAGCAUCGGCCGUGAUCGUGACUUUCGAUCUGGCAGUUCUUGCGACCAACGAGGGAUACUUCUACAGCUUCGGGGGAUGCCGAGGACAGCUAUGCCAGAGGAUCCGGUUCAAGUCGAACGGAGUUGACCCUGACGAUCAACGGUUCGCAACUGAAACACUCCUCAAGCCGUGCGAAAUGCGGUCGCGAAUGAGCUUUGUUCGCUUCUUGGCCUGCCUGCUUUUGGUCGCCGUCGUCAGGACUACGAGCGCCUACGCCGAACCGGAACCGAUGGCUCGGCCGACCAGACCGAAGGCGAUCGCGAGUCCCGAAGAACUGGAAAGAUAUUUGGACAUCGUCAGAGAUUAUUACUCCUUGAGAAGGGCAAGGUACGGCAAGCGCGGCGGUGACACGGCGCCUCGGAUGUCGGAAUUGAACAGCACUUGGGAAACCCUCAAAACGAUCCUGGACGUGCAACGGCAGAAUCAACAGCGCAGGUUGGGCAAGCUCAAGCCGAGCAAAGAGCAGGAAAUCGCGUACCGCGAUUAUCACGGCUUGGACGCCGACAGACACCGCCUCGCUACACGAUCCGGUUACCUUCUGGACGCAGUCGGCAGAUACUACGACGACGUGCAAUAAAAACGGCCCCCGCGUAGCGUCUCUAAUUUCAGGAGUCUCACUGAAAACGGAAAAAGAGAAAAAAGAAAAAAAAAA